UCUGUGAACAUGUGUUCAUUCUGACAGCCAUGGCAGUGUUUGAUCAUCUUGGGCUGGUGUCUCUGGCCGUGUUGAUGCUGGUGUCUCUGGUGGACUUCACCAGCGGUGCUGUUCGAGUGUUUGGCUUACAUGCCAAGGACCUCACCGGGGAUCCUGCCGGAAACGAUCCUGAUCCAUACGUCAAGGUCUGGUGUGGCUCUACUUUUGGAGGGAUGACAGAAUUUCGCAGGGAUAGCGCUAAUCCUUCAUGGUCUGCAGAAUUCAACUUCCCAAAUUGCAAAGCAAAGGAUGACCUGAAAUUUCAGGUGUGGGACAAAGACCUGAAUUUUGAUGACUACUUGGGCACGUGUGUAAGAAAGGUGCAAUAUGAGUCUUCCACCGGUACUUGUGAGCUGAAAAAUGGAGUCCUGUAUUACAGCUUUGAAGCAGCCAGGUAUUUGUAAGGCUGU